AUGACAGAGCUCGAGUCCGCCAUUCCAGAAUGGCUGCGAAAGGAUCGCACGGUACCGGCGAGAGCUCCGCCGGGCUUCAAGCCUCCGUUCGAGCUGUACACGUCCAGGUUCCCAAAAGAAACGAAAGACCUUGUCAUGGCAGUCAUCGGCGCCCAAUACGAACCAAAUGUGAAGCACGAUGGUUCGGCCUUAAGAACAAUAUCUGAGUUCAUUACCUCCAACUCAGCCACUCCAGAAUCGCGCCCCGGCUUUCACGAGGUCGCAGCAGUGACCGACAACCACGGCUUCUACAAUCUCGCUGUAUUCGCAUACUGGCCUAGCAAGUCAGCAUACCAAGAAUGGUCAACCACCAGCGGAUUCCACGAUUGGUGGAGCAAUCUUACGUCCGACGAUAAUGGCUGGUUUCUUGAGGUCUUUUACCCGACGAUCGAUCGCCUCGAAACGGUGUUUUCGACACAAUUACCGGAAGGUGCUGGGAACUUGAGAGAGAGCAUCACUGGUCCCAUACAAGAGCAUGUCUACUGGGGAAGCAUGCGGGACCGCCUUCCCAUCUCACAGACAGACGAACUUCUUGGGGACGCCGAGACCGUCAAGAACGGAGAUUCUGCCACGAAUGGCACUGCCAAGUCAAAGAGAGUCCGGAUUCAAGGCAAGAAGAAUCUCUGCGUCAUCCGGUCGGGCCAAGACUGGUCAGCCGCUCUCCCCGAAGAACGCCAGAUCUAUCUCGACUCCAUGCAGCCACCCCUGACCAGAGGCAUGGACUUCUUACGUGACCACGGUGAUGAGCUCCUUAGAGAGCUGGAGCAAAGAGCAUAG